AUGCCACAUGACGCGGUGAGGUGGACUCCGAGACCGAACACUCAAGCCGAUCUUGGCGGUCGAGGCCGAAUUCCUUUCGCCAGAGCACCCACAACCAAGGGCAGUGAGUUUUCUUCCGAAAGGUCAUGCGGAUUGGGCCCCGACACCCAAAAACGCUUGGAGCAACGGCCUCACGAUGUGUUUCUGGUUGAAAUAAAGUCAUUCAGGCCUUGUUGUCUGUCGGUUUCAUUUUAA